AUGGCGCCUUCACUUGUUGCGGCGUUCCUCUGUAGCCUCGCGCUAUUCGAUUUUUUUGUUCACCCGGGUCUCCUCCACACCGAAGCAGACUUUACCCGUAUUAAGUCCAAGGUUAACGCGAAGACAAAUCCGUGGUAUGCGGGUUGGAACAAGUUGGUGGCUCAUGCCAACUCCGGCUAUGUUCCUAGCCCCAAGCCCACCGUGUAUCGAGGCACGGGUUCGCCUGAGAAUUAUGCCAGCUUGUAUCGGGAUGCAGCUUCUGCGUACGCCAACGCCAUCUACUGGAAAGUCACGGGAGACACGGCGUAUGCCACGGCUGCAGCGAAGACACUGGAUGCUUGGAGUAGCACUCUCACCUUCAUCGACGGUACCUCUGACAAGUUCCUCGCCAGUGGCAUCUAUGGUUACCAGUUGGCCAAUGCGGCUGAGAUCCUUCGUGGCUACUCUGGCUGGACAGGUCUUUCCGCCAUGAAUACUAUGCUCAAAAAUGUGUUCUAUCCUAUGAACCAUGACUUCCUAGUCAACCACAAUGGUGCCAAGAUCGAUCACUAUUGGGCCAACUGGGAUCUGGCAAAUCUCUGCACUAUGUAUGCUAUUGGAGUUCUGUCCGAUAAUACCACCAUGGCAAACGAAGCCGUCAACUAUUUCAAGAGUGGUGCGGGUAAUGGGGCUAUUGAGAAGACCAUUUGGGUUACGUACACUGAGUCAGGGAGCAGCAAAAUCCUAGGGCAAAACCAAGAAGCUGGUAGAGAUCAAGGACACGCCAUGCUAGAUUUUGCCCUCCUAGGAGUACUUGCUCAGCAAGCUUACAAUCAGGGAAAUGACUUGUUUGGCUACCUAUCCAACAGAAUCUUAGCAGGAGCGGAAUACGCAGCCAAGUACAACCUCGGCUUUGACGUUCCUUACACCACGUAUGUCAACAGUGAUGUGACUCAAAGCAUCAUCAGUAACAACAGUCGCGGUGAUAUCCGCCCAAUCUGGGAACUAAUCUAUGGUCAUUACGGAUCUCUCAAAGGUUUGAAUGCAACCUGGUCGAAGCAGUAUCGUGACCUAGUUGUGACAAACGGAAGCGGAGCCGAGGGUGGUGGCGGAGACUAUGGCCCGAACAGCGGUGGUUAUGACCAGCUCGGAUUCGGUACUCUUCUGUACCGUCUGGAUGCUUGA